AAAAAAAAAAAAGCACAUUGUCACCCGUCAGUUCUAAACUUCUCCGUCGGAUCACCACGCCGCGGGCGCCGGAAACCCGCUUCUCGUUUCCAGUAUGUCUCAAUCAACCAAAAACCCAGCUGUCGAGGAGAAGAGGGUCACAAUUUCAAACAAGCACGGCGAGAAGCUGGUAGGAGUGCUGCAUGAUUCUGGGUCCAAGGAAAUCGUUGCUGUGUGCCAUGGCUUUCAAUCCACAAAGGACAACACAAACAUGAAGAAACUUGCUAAAGCAUUGGUCAAGGAAGGAAUCUCAGCCUUUCGAUUCGACUUUGCUGGUAAUGGGGACAGUGAAGGUACAUUUGGUUAUGGUAACUAUUGGAGAGAAGCUGAUGAUCUCCACUCUGUGGUCGAAUACUUUGCUGGAAAGAACCGAGUUGUUAGUGUGAUUCUCGGCCAUAGUAAAGGAGGGAACGUGGUGCUCCUUUAUGCUUCAAAAUUUCAUGAUAUAAAGACCGUUGUCAAUAUCUCUGGCCGCUAUACCCCGAAGAAUGGCAUCAAGGAGCGCCUUGGAGAUGACUUUCUGGAAAGAAUCAAGAAAGAAGGUUUCAUUGAUGUGAAGGAUAAAAAAGGGGAAGUCUUGUACCGUGUUACUGAAGAGUCUUUGAUGGAUAGAAUCAACACAGACAUGCAUAAAGCAUGCCAGCAAAUUGACCAAGAUUGCAGUGUGCUCACCAUCCAUGGAUCUGCUGACACGAUUGUCCCUGCUGGAGAUGCAUCAGAGUUCGCAAAGGUACCCGUCUCCGUCUCAUCACCCUGCCGCCGGCGCCGGAUAUCCGCUCUCGUCACCAGUAUGGCGCAGUCUACCCAAAACCCAGUGGUUCUGCAGAAUAGAGUCAUAAUUUCAAACAAGCAUGGUGAGAAACUGGUCGGAUUGCUGCAUGAUUCUGGGUCCAAGGAAAUUGUUGUCCUGUGCCAUGGUUUUCAAUCUUCCAAGGACUACACAGCCAUGUCAAACCUUGCUAAUGCAUUGGAAAAAGAAGAGAUCACAGCGUUCCGAUUUGACUUUGCUGGUAACGGGGAAAGUGAAGGCACAUUUGCUUAUGGUAACUAUGGGAGAGAAGCUGAUGAUCUGCGCUCUGUAGUCGAACACUUUGCUGGAGAAAACCGAGUUGUUAGUGUAAUUCUCGGCCACAGUAAAGGAGGGAAUGUGGUGCUCCUAUAUGCUUCAAAGUUCCAUGAUAUCAGGAACGUUGUAAACGUUUCUGGACGCUAUGACCUGAUGAGAGGCAUUGAGGAGCGCCUCGGGAAAGACUUUCUGGAAAGAAUUAAGAAAGAAGGGUUCAUUGAUGUAAAGAAUCAAGCAGGAGAAGUCAAGUAUCGUGCUACUGAAGAGGCUUUGAUGGAUAGACUGAAUACUGAUAUGCACAAGGCAUGCCAGCAAAUUGAUCAAGAUUGCAGUGUUUUGACAAUCCAUGGAUCUGCUGACGAGAUUAUCCCAGUUGAAGAUGCAUUAGAAUUUGCCAAGAUCAUACCAAACCACAAAUUACACAUCAUCGAAGGGGCUGAUCAUGGAUACAGCUCUCAUCAAACCGAGCUAGCGUCUGUCGUUUUGGAGUUCAUAAAAUCAAGACUGCAGCUGCAUGACAAGAGCUCCACUUCCUAGGAGCUUCAUCGAUUUGACCCAACUGCUAUUUGCUAUUAUCUCAUCAAACAAUAUAACAUUAGCUCUGUUCUCUAUCAUAUCAGAUUGGCGAUUGAAGAGAGAUGCGGCUUGAAGUUCUGCUGAGGCAUUGAUUAGUCAGGAGCCUAGACUUCCCAGUGAUAUGCCUGUGCCUGUCCUUACUCCUAAGAAUAGAACAAGUUGAUCUUAUUUCAGGGGUUGACUGUGGUACCCUAAUAGCAAUUGCAUUGGCUUUCAAAGCCUACUAGGAACCUACAUGGUAAAUGGAUUGCACGAAAGUAGACUCAUUUGCACUGUUGUCUUGUCUAUUGGGUAUGGAAUGCCACAUGAGAUUGUAUCUUAUCUUCACCUUCUACUUUCUAGUACCGAAAUUACGAUGACUAUAGUAUAUUAAGCUAUACGAAAUGAAUUUCAAGAGUCUAAA